GAAGUAUACUUUAGAAGACACAAAACACCUCCUGAACCCUUUCACGCAUGUCAGUUUGGUAAUGGAGAAAGUAUUUGUCACUACUAAGAACAAUGAUAUCUCUAUUAAGGAGUUAUGGGACCAAAUCAAUAAGAUAAAAGAGUCCAUUGGUAGUAAUAAAACUAGAGAUGGUGUAUAUAUUUCUAGUGAGUCAAUACCCCAGAUUGAGAGAAAAGACUCCAAGAAAGAUCCGAAAUCCCAUAAGUCAAAAUAAGAGAAACAGCAAGGAAGGCUCUGAUAUCAAUAACUUGAGUGUGAGCUUAGACUUAAAAGACAAGAGUAACGGCAAUACUUCAAAUGAAGUUUCUCAGGAUAAUUUUAACUCAAUCCUGUUGCUAGAUGGCCAAGAAGACAAGAAUCAGAGGAUAAUCGACUUGCUUAGCACUCAGGCUCAGAAGAUCAGAAAGCUUGAGAAAAAGCUUAAGGAUUAUAAACAUAGUUCCAAUGACAAAAUUGAGACUCUAGAGGCUGACCUGAAGAUACUGACUCAAACCAGGAUGAACGAUUUGGAUAAUAUGCUGAAGAACAUACAGAAAGACUUUGACAAGUUUCAGGAUAGCCAGAAGACUAAGGAUUAUAAUAUGCGCACUCACCUAAAGGAUACUACUUAUGACUUAGAAGUUUCUAUCAAAUCUUUGAAGAGAAAUUUAUUGGCUUUACAAAAUGAAGUGCAUGAAAUUAAUGAGGCUGGGACUCAGGAUAAACUUCAAGAGGAUCAAAAGAGUGAGAAAGCUGAGUCUACCAAGUCAGCCAAGUUGAGUAAGAAAGAUAAUUCUAGUAAAGCAGAGGAGCCUCAGAACUUUACUCAAAAAAUUUCUUCCCCUACAAGAAAGAAGGCAACUCAAAACUCUAAUGCGAUCGUUAUGGUCUGGGAGGAAAUUGAAAAGUUACAGUCAAAGUUUGAUGACUUUGUAAAUGUAGCAGAUUUUGAAGAACUUGCUGAUGAUGUUGAUGAUCUUAAGGACCAAUUAGCCCAGAUCUCACAAAACAACAAAUCAUACCUUAAUGUCAAGGAUCUUGCAGAUAAUGAAUUCUCAGAAUCUGAAGCUCUGACACCUGCAAAUGUGCCUAUAGGAAAAGAAAGUUUAGAAAAAAUCAAAGAGUUUUCUGAGGCAAAAGAGGCCCAGAAUACACCUAAUACUGCUCUCAAAGUUUUCCAGGACAACAAAAUCAAGAAGAUAUCCACUGAAGAGCAGUCUGAAGGACUUACCCCUACAGGAGGAUUAAUGACUCCAGGAGUGGCAAGACUUAACAAUGAUCUUACAUCUAAAGUGAAGAUCCAACAUUUCUCGACAAGUGUUAAAGACGAGAGUCCCUCUAAGAUCUCUCAAAACAGAAGAAACACGAGAGGUAAAAGAGGAGGUUCUUCCAAAACUCUGCAAGAAGUCAGAAAGAUCAUUGAAAAAUGGCCAUGGAUGCUUGAAACUAUUGAGGAGCUUCAAAGUUCUCAAAAGCUUAACUAUAAAAACAUUUUCCAGGUGGGAGAGAACCUCUCCGAGCUUAAGAAUGAAAUCAAAGAGAAUGUCAAAAAGAGGAUAGAUAGUGUUUAUAAUACUAUAACUGAAGAGACUAAGAAAGUUGAGGAUAACAUAGCCGAGCGCUUAGACAACUUUAAAGAUAAGCAUAGCCAAGAGGCUAUAAAGACCUUGCAGCUCCAGGUUGAGAAGCUCAGCUUGCAGUUUGGCUCCACUUAUAAACAACUGAAGAGCAACGAGGGCAAGAUUAAAGAGCUGGAUGAGUACCUCCAUUCUCCAUUUGGCAACUUAUUGCAUGGCAAUGAGAACUCUGCCGAAGACUCCGCUAUUACAGAAUUGAGGGACACAGUUGAAGAUGUGAAAAAAGUCUUAAAUAAAAUGAGAACAGAGGUUUACAGAACUGUUAAGGACUGCGAAAAUAAGAUCCUCCAGAAAGCAGAUGAGGAGCUAGUGAACGACCUUGAAGAAGCACUUCAUCAAGGCAUUGAUCAGGUAAUGACCUCCUCUACGAAGAAAUUCGCAGAUAGAAGAGACACUAAUAAAUCAGUUAGGCUGUUGGAGCAAAAUAUGAAAAAUAUGUAUGAUCUUUUUGUCUCAAGAGAGGAGCUUGGAGAUACUGAUGAUGCAAUGAUUGCAAAGAAAAACCUCGGUUUCACUUGAAUGUCAUGAGAGAAACAUAUAAUUAAUAUGGAAGGAAAGAAAGCAGAAUUCAAUAACUGGGGGAAGCUGCCUUAUAGAGAUCCGUCUGAACGGAUGAUGAGAGUUGGACAUGGGUUCUCAAAGAUGCUAAAUUCUAUAAAAACCAGUAUACCUAAAAAUACAGAAGGUAUUCCAAAAACUGUCUUAGAGAAUAGUUUGAAGAGUCCUGGUGACAUAACUCCAAAUGUAAAGUCUACUCAAAAUCUUUCGAUUGACCCAAACCCUAAGACAGAUGCUAAUAUUAGUCCGAAUGCUUCAAAUACAUUACAAGACUUAAACAAGACAGAGGAUCGAGACAAAUUUUUAUCUAUGAAACCUAAGAAGAUCAGCCUUUCUGUAAUGAAACAAUCAGCUCAUAAGAAGGAAAGUAUGAGGAAAUCUCUAACUGUUAUGAACAAGAAUAACAGCCAAGGCGGGCUCCCCAAAAUAGAGUCAUCAAAGAUGUUGUAG